UGUUGUCUUUCUCAGAGCUGAUUCAGCAACGACAACAAAACCCAAAUCAAAACAGCUGAGGAAGGAAUGUCUUAUUGUUUUUCUUGUUGUAUCUCUUGUUUUAUUGAUGCUCAGAGAAAAAUGCGAUACAAGUUUGGUCCCCUUCUUUUCUUCUUUUAUUUAUUUAUUUAUUUACUUUGACAAAGGUGAAUUACACAAGUUGCACUUGUAGGUUUAAGUGUAAGCUUCGUGAAAACAUCACACAUGGCACUACAGGGAGUUUAUAUUCAGCCGCUGCACGCUGCAGCCUUAAUCACUUUUUGUACACGGACUUAUGGCUUUAGGUGUGAAUGUGUGACUGCAAGUAGGAAAAUGAGGCUAGCUGGUGAAGUGACUGUUAGGCGUGUGUGUGCGUGUGUGUGUGUGUGUGUGUGUGUGUGUGUGUGUGUGUGUGUGUGUGCGAGAGAGACUCGCUGGUUGGGGUGCCCGUUGAAGAUAAGGCCUGCCCUAUGCCUGAGAGCAAAAGAGACAGUGUGUGUAAGCCCUUCAAGCCUUAUCCUGACACACCUCCCACCCCCACCUCUUCUCCAUCACCCCCACCCCCCCACACACACAUGCAGUGAGGAUUAACCCCGUCAUGUACCAUUUCAAUGGGCAAGCUUUGGAGACACGCACACACACACACAGACGCGCGCACACACACACUCACACAGGAUUAACCCUUGUGUGUCCAUUUCCAUGGAUGGUUCUUAGCUUCGCUCCGGUUGUGACAGCAUUGACUGCUUGUGUUGCCAUGGCUACAGGGGCCAGCGAAUGUAAGAUAGGCAAAUCCACAUAAGUCACCGACAACAGACACUCUAAGCUACUACUGACGACACCUCCCCCCCGGUACUAGACACACAAAGAUGCUGCCGAAAGACCGACAGGAGCCUCGUGAGCUGUGAAGUGCUCAUGUCACGAGCUCACCGUGGUCAAACAAAUAUGCAUAAACUCAGCCCGGGCAUCUAUGCUGCUGGUCGGCUGAGAGACGGGCCUUGGAGCUGCUCAUCCUCUCGUGUCUGGUUCUGGGAGACACUGUACUUCUCCAUACUCGGGGAUCUCUUCCAACACGAGAGUCUGCAAAGAGGUUUCUGCAUUUGAGCUGUCGUCUUCUUUUUUUGCAAACGUGUUCCUAGAUUGCAAAGCCAGACAGAAAAGAACUGCAGAUACGUCAGAAUAAAGUGACGCCCUCUGGUAUGAAAACGCAGAAAAGUAAACGCAAAAUCAUGACACCUGCUUCAACGUCUCAGAUACAUCGGAAUAUCAGAGACGAUGGAGAAAACGGUUUGAUUACGAGACCCAAAAUUAAACGGUGGUGAGGAGUCCAUCACUGCACGUUGGCAGAUAUAAGAGUGACAUAAUUAGGGUGGAAAUGGACGUUUGGAUUUAUUAUUAUAAUUUAUCUUCAUUUCGAUUAACUUUUGAAUAUUGUAUGAUCCUUUUUCUCUUAUUAUUAGCUUUAUAUAUUUUCAGUAAAGCAAAAAAAAUAUAUAAAUACUGUGAGCAAUUGGAAAUUCAAUGUGCACUUUUGCAAUAAAGUAUGAGAAAAAAAUAAAAUGUGCUGUGCUCACAAUAAUGUGUCUGCUGCAACGCCUUGUGGAACUGAUCCUUGAAAUGCACCAGCAGACAAAAAUACAUUUUUAAAAGUUGUUCCACGUCAGUCAGAGAGGAAUACAUAUUAUGUUUAAUCAGAAUAAGACUUACAUAAACAUAUCUGUACGGCCUUUGUCUAUUAGGUCACAUUAUUUGAAAUUGUGCCUCUAAAAUAGUUCAACUUGAACCAAAAAUAAUGUUUAAGAACUAUGUUGUCAUAGUAUUACCCAUCAGCACCAGUGUUGCGAUGCACAGCAGCUUCUGGGAAACCCUGUUAACUGUUUCCACAGAGCGGCUCCCAGGAGCAGCUUAAUUUGCGAAUAAAUCAUUGAUGAAACAUUGUGUUUUCACUCCCUGCCUACACGGGUCGUGUAUAAAUCAGAACCACGUCCAUGCUGUUGGCUGCAACGUCCCUAAAUAAUUGAGGCGGGGGAAAGCACUUUUUGUGUUUGAAAGAAAAUCAUUUUUAGACCUUUGAUAUGAGAUCACCUGUCAACAAUGUUAGGAGUCCAAGUCAUCCUUCAGAGAUGAAUAAUGCAUAUGAAAUUAGCAAAUAUUAUGACAUACACUUGCAUAAAUAUAUGAAAAACUACUGACCUAAUAUGACUUGUUCUUUUUAUAUCCCAACCUUGGCCAUACGGGUGAGUCCUCGCUGGCUGUGAUCUGAAUAUCUGAUUAUAAUUUGAGGAUUUAAGCAGAUUUACAGGCCUAUGGGAUUCUCCUUUUGGUUUAGUGCUUCCUGUGUGUGUGUGUGUGUGUGUGUGUGUGUGUGCGCGUGUGUGUGUGUGUGUGUGUGUGUGUGUGUGUGUAGAGAGAGAGAGAGAGAUAUUCCCAAUGGCUUUACUGGUCUACCUUGGAGACCGUUCAGUGUGCAAACUCAAAGACACAAUUAAUUGUCAAAAACCGAAGUAUGUUAUCCGCAGGUGAAAUUUAAUUUGUUAGAUCUCAAUCUACUUUUGACUGAUUGGGCUGCUGCAUCACAUGUGUAUGCAUCGCCCUGCAUAGACCCAUGGUGUAUGAUUCACAUGACCAGGGUCUUGUUCUGUCACUGUCUCAGUUCAGUUGUUUGCAGCAAGCGGAUGUGCACUAAUUAGGAAAACAUGAAAACCACUUUGCAGUCAGCAUGAUGUUUAUUUCCACACACACUUCCACUCGGCUGCAUUAGGCCAAUUCUCAUCUGUGUCAGUUACAAGGAAGGGAUGGGAUGUAGGGAGGAGGAAGGAAGGGAUAAAAAAAAUGCUUACCAGACAACCUUCAUGUGCAGUUGUGCAUUAGUGGGGGGAGGAGGGGGAGGAAAAGGGGGGAGAGGGCGGCUGGCGGUGCUGGGCAGAGGAUAGAGGAGCAAAUGCAUUGCGGAGGGAGAGGAGGAGGGCCUACAGCUAUUGUUCAUGUCCUCCCGUGAACAAAGGGCUCAUCUGGGUCCGUAUGUAAACCCACAGCAGGCUUCAGCCCACUAACAAGGCCUCAUGCGGGACAAAACAUAACCGACUCACUCCCGCAAUUUAGGCUUUAUUCCGUCUCAGUCUCGCGGUUUGGGGAUAUUUUUCCAUUGAUCCUAUUCAGAGGGACGUAUUGUGUUGGUACGUUGCGUCCAGCGGGCCUAUCCGUCUUUACGCACGGAGCGUACAUACGGUCUAUCAUCACGGAUCUGUAAACAUCAAUUUUCUGAUUGGACUUCUUUUCAGGCUGUUCCUCCAAGUCUUUCAAGCUGUACUCCCCCAAGGAGCCCCCCAACGGUAGCACUUUCCCCCCUUUCCACCCCGGCACUAUGCUGGACAGAGACGUGGGGUGCAUGAAGCUUUAUUGCUGAAGAAGAGGUCACAAUCUCCUGUCAUUUGGUGAACGGUUGAUCCAAUUGCCCAUAUAUGUUAGUGUAGUGUCAUCUUAGCCACAGUCCCACCCCGAUGUAUCCUCCCACGUACCUGGAGCCCGGAAUCGGGAGGCACACACCAUAUGGCAACCAGACAGACUACAGAAUAUUUGAACUCAACAAACGGCUACAGAACUGGACAGAGGAGUGUGAUAACCUGUGGUGGGACGCAUUUACUACAGAGUUCUUUGAAGAUGAUGCCAUGUUGACCAUUACGUUCUGUCUGGAGGAUGGGCCCAAACGUUACACAAUUGGCCGAACGUUGAUUCCAAGGUACUUCCGGAGUAUAUUCGAAGGCGGUGCCACUGAGCUCUACUAUGUGCUGAAACAUCCCAAGGAGUCCUUCCACAAUAACUUUGUCUCCCUUGACUGUGAUCAGUGCACCAUGGUCACCCAGAAUGGAAAGCCCAUGUUCACACAGGUGUGUGUAGAAGGCCGCUUGUACCUGGAGUUCAUGUUUGACGACAUGAUGAGGAUAAAGACGUGGCACUUCAGCAUCAGACAACACCGUGAACUCAUCCCCCGCAGUAUACUGGCCAUGCAUGCCCAGGACCCACAGAUGCUGGAUCAGCUGUCCAAAAACAUAACAAGAUGUGGCCUGUCGAACUCCACCCUUAACUACCUCCGACUGUGUGUGAUUCUGGAGCCCAUGCAGGAGCUGAUGUCCAGACACAAGACGUACAGCCUCAGCCCCAGAGACUGCCUCAAGACCUGCCUCUUCCAGAAAUGGCAGAGGAUGGUGGCACCACCAGCUGAGCCGUCAAGACAGGCACCAAACAAAAGACGGAAGCGUAAGAUGUCAGGUGGCAGCACCAUCAGCGGAGGAGGAGGAACCAACAACAACAACAACAACAAAAAGAAGAGCCCAGGCAGUGGCUUCCCUCUGUCCAGCCAAGUUCCAGAUGUGAUGGUGGUGGGAGAGCCCACGCUGAUGGGAGGGGAGUUUGGCGACGAAGACGAGCGCCUGAUCACGCGGCUGGAGAACACGCAGUUCGACGCGGCCAACGGCAUCGACGACGAGGACAGCUUCAACAACUCUCCGGCGCUCGGCUCCAACUCGCCCUGGAACAACAAGGCCCCGUCCAGCCAGGAGAGCAAGAGCGACAACCCCACCUCACAGGCAUCGCAGUAGAGCCCAGAGCCCCGCAACCUCAACACAAACCCCUCUCUGCCACUCCUCAGACCCCACCCCAACCCCGACAGCCACGAGUGCAACAGCAGCAGUCCAUCAUAUUCAGUUCUCUCACACACACACACACACACACACACACACAUAUACAUACACAGGUGGCCCGGGGGGCUCAGCAUGUCUCAGAUAAUGUCACUGAGCCAUUGCUGUGACUUCCCCAUAUUUAGGCACCGUGUCGCACCUCUGUCUCCCCUUUCCUCAUCUCACACUCAAAAUGUCCCAUCUGCUCUCGCAAAUUUUCAGUUUGGACAGCGACCGGGUAGAUGUGAGCGAGGAGGCGUGUGGGGGGGGUGUUUAACCCAGGGGGCAGAACUGUGCACACUAAACUAUUCGUACUGAAGAUCACAUGCAGGGAGCGGCGGGUCGGAGGGGAUGGCAGCAUCGGGGCUUUCGAGAUGGUGGCGAGUUGCUUAGGGACCACUUGUCCACCCGUCCUCUAAACACGGCUCUCAAUUCUGGUCUGCUCUGUUGAGGCACGAGUCACUCGUAAUGUUUGUUAAUAGAGUAUAUGUGUGUGCGCGUGUGUGAAAUGUGUGAGGAGCGAAAAAGAGGCAGUCCGAUCUUAUUUGUGGCUUUGCGGAAGCGGACGGACCAGAAUUUAGAGUCCGUGUGUAAAACCAUUGAAAUUCACACACUAGUAGGAACUGAAAUGUGGCACUAGGGAAACAAACAAACAAACACACACACACACACACGCACACAAACAAAUCAGCAUAAUGAUUGAAGGAUUUUGAGUCCUAGUGCCAGAGCCAUCUCUGAUUAGACUACAAUGGCUGCGGUCUUUCAAACAGAGAGCAUUUAAAACACACACAUGCACACACACACACAGUUACACAUUUUAAGAGUUUUUAUACAGUAUAUAUUUCCCUAGAAUGUUUUUUAAUUUGUAUUAAACGCCUUCAUUUCAAUUGUUUUUUAUUUUCUACCAAUACUGAAAAGCUACAGACCAAGGAGCAACACAGGACUUUUAUCCCUCCCCCUCUAAGAUAUAUGGUUUUUAUCUUUUAUGUUUAUAAAAGAGAAAUAAUUUAGCGUGGAUGUUUUUAUUUUGUCUUUUUGUUCCUUUUUUUUUUUUUUUUUGGAGAUUUAAAUUUUUGUGUAUUUGUGCUUGUAUAUUUAAGGUAGUAGCAAAGUUCUGUCUGACUGUAAUAAGAUGUAUUCUUACUUAGAUUUACCUAAAGCCAUCCCGAUCUAAUGUAAAGAAACAAAAAUAGGAAAAAGGAGAAAAAACACUCAUGAGCCCGCCCCCUCUAUCCUCCCUCCUGCUCUUUCCUCCUCCCUCCUUUUUUAUAACUUGUGUAAAUUAAAUUACAAAACCUCCGGGGGUACAACGGCACCAUGGAGAGAUCAUUCUACUGUUUGUCUUUUUUUGUAUUUAUUUUGGAAAUUUUAGAAAUUCACAGUGUUUCAUCUAUACAGGAAGUGAUUUUUCACUUAACAUCACGAUUUUGUGUACCGCGACUUUCAACUUGAUGUCAAGUGAAUGUGCUCACUGAAUUUAAGCUAACCGGUGAAUUUCAUAUUUCAUCACUGGCUGAAACUGAUUUCUCUCCGUUAUCUGUCGUCUAAAUUGCCUUCAUUGGUGCAGCGUCUUUCAUAACCAACAGAAUGAUGCCAUCAAUCAUCCAAACAUCUUCUAAAGCCAGCUUAUCAUUAAGUUCAGUCUUCAUAUUGGGUAGCGACGCCAUCUGUAAAAUCUGAUUUUUAAAAAAAACAGCUGAAGCUCUGUUUGUUUUGUACAUUUCCAUUUCCUUACAGUUGAUUCCAGCAACAGUUAUGAGUUUGAAUGGUGACUUGUACCUUUUCCAAUCCCUGUAGAAAAUCAUUGUUUGAUAUAUAUUUUUUGAUUUGGUUAGUUUCUGCCCUUGAUUAUUAAUGUAUGGUACCAAUAAAAAGAUACAUUUUCACUUUAAAA